CUUUUGGUUAGCAGCCAAGCUCUUAACCACUGUGCCACCAGGGCUCCAUAGUACUCUAUCGUGUGACGUACUAUAAUUUAUUCAACUAGUCCUCUGUUGAUGGGAAUUUGGGUUAUUCUCAAGUUUUUGCUUUUACAAGUAGUGUUGCAGUGAAGAGCCCGUGCAAAUGUCAUUUUGUAUUUUUUGCCAGUUAUCUUUGGGAUAGACUCUUAAAAGUGGGAUUGCUGAGUAAAAAUGUGUUUGAUAAGUAAAUUUGCCAGAUACUGCCAGUUUCAUCUCCCAUAAGGUGUCGUACCGUUUUGAAUUCCCACCAGCAAUGUGUGAGUGUACUUUCCUUUCAGCUUUACCAGCAGAAUAUGUUGUCAAACUUUUGGAUUUGUGCCAGUCUAAAGGUAAAAAUUAUAUUUCAAGUAGCUUUAAUGCACAUUUCUCUUAUUAUGAGUGUGGUUGAUAAGUUGUUUUUCAUAAGUUCUUUGCUAUGUUUCCUAAAAUUUUAGUAUAUUUUCUCAUGUUUCAUUUACCUGUAACUGUUGCCUACUAAAAAUUGUGCCUUCUGGACCAAAAACUGUAUGAGAAGGGAUUGAUUCUUUUUCUUAGGAAUUUGUAGAUUUCAGAGUUUUGGUUAUGAUAAUCAAAUUUGGCACUUGAACAGAAGUUUAAAAGUUUGCGUAUUUAUAAUUCAUUUUGAUAAUGUUAUUGAUCUGUGGUUGGCUGGUAACCUGGUUAAAAAAAAGUGUAGAUCAAGAUGUAUUUUGCCUUUAUUUUCCUGUUCUUCCCAGUUCCCUCUGGCUCCAUGUUAUGCUCGCCUUUAACCAGAAGGGGCCACUAGAAUCUACUAAGAGAACACCAACAACAAAAAAACCCCAUUGCCGUCGAGUUGAUUUUGACUCAUAGUGAACCUCUAGGACAGAGGGUUUCUAAAACUAAGGCUGUAAUCUUUACGGAAGCAGACUGCCAAGUCUUCCACAGAGUGGCUGUUUGCAGGCCUUUCAGAUGUAUCCAUCUCACAAGACAUCCCCGUAGAAGGAGAAAUCACCAUUCCUAUGAGAUCCCACAUUCAGGAAUUUGACAGUUCUACCUUAAAUGAAUCUGUUCAGAAUACCAUCAUGCGUGAUUUAAAAGCUGUUGGAAAAAAAUUCAUGCAUGUUUUAUACCCAAGAAAAAGUAAUACUCUUUUGAGAGAUUGGGAUUUAUGGGGCCCUUUGAUCCUUUGUGUGACACUCGCAUUAAUGCUUCAAAGAGGCUCUGCAGAUAGUGAAAAAGAUGGAGGGCCCCAGUUUGCAGAAGUAUUUGUUAUUGUCUGGUUUGGUGCAGUUACUAUCACCCUCAACACAAAACUUCUUGGAGGAAACAUAUCUUUUUUUCAGAGCCUUUGUGUCCUGGGUUACUGUAUACUUCCCUUGACGGUGGCAAUGCUGAUUUGUCGGCUGGUACUUUUGGCUAAGCCAGGACCAGUAAACUUCGUGGUUCGGUUUUUUGUGGUGAUUGUGAUGUUUGCCUGGUCUAUAGUAGCCUCUACAGCCUUUCUUGCUGAUAGCCAGCCUCCAAAUCGCAAAGCCCUUGCUGUGUAUCCUGUAUUCUUGUUCUAUUUUGUCAUCAGUUGGAUGAUUCUCACCUUUACUCCUCAGUAAAUCAGGAAAUGGAAAUUAAAGACCAGUGAAUUGAAAGCUCAUUGGAAUGAUGCAAUUCACCAUGGAGCUUUGCCUCUGAGCCUCUUUUGUCUAAUUUUGGAGAUAUUUGGUAACUUGGUAGGUGAGGAGAUUAAAAGGGAGUCAUAUAGCACCAUUGCCACUUAUGUAAGGAACAGAUGUUAGAAAGACCACCCUUUUCCUCUUAAAUGUUGUUUGUUUAAAAUCCACGCACAAAGUACACACAUAAUAUAAUGCCUCCUGAGGCAUGAUGGAGUCACUGUGGUUCAUUUGGGUGACAACCAAUGACUCGGGAAGCACAUAGAUACAUCCUGCAAGAUGAGUAGAGUCAGUAACUGUAUUUCCAGUUUUAAGAAUACCAUUUCAGGUGCAACCCUUAAUCAUAUUGCCUUAUGACUAUUUGAAUAUCCCUCUCUUCAUAAACAAGAAUGUGUAGUCUGUAUCCAUUUCAAUUUAUUUCUCUCUCUUAAAGUAAAAAAGGCAAUGACAGAGGUUGGGAGGAGGGCUCUUAGAUAUGGGAGGAGAAACCAUGUUGAUCAGAGAAAAUUCUGUACUUGUUGCUUUAAGAAAAGUGAAGGACAUCCAAAGAAUCAGCCUCUUUGGUCUUUUUCUGUGUUGUUGUUAGGUGCCAUUGAAUUGGUUCUGACUCAUAGUGACUCUAUGUACAACAGAACAAAACACUGCCUGGUCCUGCAUCAUCCUCACAAUCAUUGGUA